AUGUCUUCCUCAGAGACAGAACUGAGACACCUCACCGGGGUCCCCAUUGCCCCUCCUCCUCCUCCGGCGACUACCCCGCCUCUUCGGGACCCAUACGCUGCAGAGUCUCCCGACUCCGGCUCCGGCGCCGACGACAACGUUCGGGAUGACCAUAAUCCCAGCCAAGAAUUCUCCUCACUCCCGCCCGUCGACGGCGGGAAGCAGGCCUGGCUCUUCCUCGCCGCCUGCUUCGCCCUCGAGGUCCUCGUCUGGGGCUUCCCCUUCGCCUUUGGAGUUUUCCAGAAUUUCUACUCCACGAACCCGCCUUUCGCAGGGGAGCGCAACAUCGCCGUCAUCGGCACCUGCGCAAUGGGAAUCAUGUACCUCUCGGGCUUCCUCGUAAUUGGCCUACUCCGCCUCUACCCCCGCGAGAGCCGCUUCGCCCCCAUCGUCGGCCUAUUCAUCAUGUGCCUCGCCCUCGCCCUCUCCUCCUUCUCUCAGACCGUCACCCACCUCAUCGUCACCCAGGGCAUCUUCUACGCCGUCGGCGGCUCCAUCGCCUACCUCCCCUGCAUCCUCUACAUGGACCAGUGGUUCGUCCGCCGCAAGGGCUUCGCCUACGGCGUCAUGUGGUCCGGCACCGGCCUCGGCGGCGUCGUCAUCCCCCUCCUGCUCGAGUACCUCCUCGGCACAAUGGGCUUCCGCACCACCCUGCGCAUCUGGUCCGGCCUCCUCUUCGCCCUGACGGCGCCGCUCGCCUUCUUCAUCAAGCCGCGGAUCCCCCCGGCCGCGCACGGCGCCCCGGUGCCGCCCACCCACGCGCGCCCCUUUAACAAUCUGCGCUUCAUGCUGUCCCGGCCCUUCCUGCUCCACCAGCUCUCGAACAUCAUGGAGGCGCUGGGCUUCUUCCUGCCGGGCAUCUACCUGCCCAUGUACGCGCAGAGCACGCUUGGCGCGUCGGCGUACACGUCGGCGCUGACGAUCCUGCUCGUCAACGUGGCCUCCGUGUUCGGGUGCGUGGGGAUGGGGUCGUUGGUCGACCGCUUCUCGGCGCCCUCGUGCAUCAUGCUCGCGAGCGCCGGCGCCGCACUCGGCACGUUUCUGAUCUGGGGGUUCUCGUCGAGCUUGGGUGUGUUGUAUCUCUUCUGCGUCGUGUACGGUCUGUUUGCCGGAGCGUAUACCUCGGCUUGGCCGGGAAUUAUGAAGCAGGUGACGGAUCAUGAGCGUGAGAAGGAGCGCGGUGUGGACCCGUCGAUGGUGUUUGGUAUGCUGGCUGCCGGGAGGGGAAUCGGUAACGUCAUUUCGGGGCCUCUGAGCGAGACGCUGAUUAAGGGUUUGCCGUGGAAGGGUCAGGCCGCGCAUGGUUACGGCAGCGGGUAUGGCACGUUGAUUGUCUUCACCGGCGUCACUGCCCUUAUGGGUGGAGCGAGUUUUCUGUGGAAGCGGAUUGGAUGGUUGUAA